AGACGCGGAAGAAACGCAUAUACGAAGGUAUUAGACGCGGUGAGGGCUGUUGGAAGGCCCUUUCUUUUGGUUUCAGAGAAAAAGCAGUCAUCAAAGCUAUAAUGAGACUGAAGAAGUAAAAGUGUAAUUUUUUUUUCUUCUAAAUUCCAAAAUCUCCACCAUGAACAACAACGAAAACAAAAGCAACAAUCCCGACCUCGAUCGCCCUGUCCGUGUCUACGCCGAUGGGAUCUACGAUCUCUUCCAUUUCGGCCACGCUCGCUCCCUUGAACAAGCCAAGAAAUCGUUUCCCAAUACGUAUUUGCUGGUUGGAUGUUGCAAUGAUGAAAUAACCCACAAGUACAAGGGCAAAACUGUUAUGACCGAAGCAGAGCGUUAUGAAUCCCUUCGCCACUGCAAGUGGGUUGAUGAAGUCAUUCCUGAUGCACCAUGGGUGAUCAAUCAAGAAUUUCUAGAUAAACACAAAAUUGACUUUGUGGCUCAUGAUUCACUUCCCUAUGCUGAUGCCAGUGGAGCUGGGAAAGAUGUGUAUGAGUUUGUUAAAGCUGCAGGGAAGUUCAAGGAAACAAAACGAACUGAAGGGAUUUCUACAUCGGAUAUCAUAAUGAGAAUUGUUAAAGAUUAUAACCAGUAUGUGAUGCGUAACUUGGACCGUGGAUAUUCAAGGAAAGAACUUGGAGUUAGCUAUGUAAAGGAGAAGAGAUUGAGAGUGAACAUGAGACUGAAGAAACUACAUGAAAAAGUAAAGGAACACCAAGAAAAAGUGGGAGAAAAGAUACAAACUGUUGCUAUGCAUCGUGAUGAGUGGGUGGAAAAUGCUGACCGCUGGGUAGCCGGAUUUCUUGAGAUGUUUGAGGAAGGUUUUCACAAAAUGGGCACUGCAAUCAGAGAUCGAAUCCAGGAGCGGUUGAGGGGCCAGCAAUCAGGGGAUUCCACAUAUCUUUUGCAAAAUUGCAAGAGUGAUGAAGAUGAAGAAUAUUAUUAUGAUGAAGAAGAAUAUUAUUAUGAUGACGAUGAUUAUGAUGAUGAUGAAGAAUACUACGAUGAUGACGGAUAUUAUGAUGAGAAAGACGAGAAAAAUGGAAAAGAAAAGAAAGCUGAGAAAGAAAAGAAAUAAAUUUGCUUCUGCAUGCUUUCAGGUUCUGGUUUACUACUUAUGGGGUACCUUAAAGUGCUACAUAGUUGCUGUGGAAUGUGUGAAUUGUUGAUGCUAUAAGUAAAUCGAGCCAGGCUUUGAGCAGAAAGCUUUUUCUUUUGUAAUUUGUUUAUCCAGUCUCUGUGUUAGGCAGAAUACAUGUCUCCAAGUCAUACCUGAAAAUGCUGUUCCCGUUGGUGGUUCUGUUUGCUAAAAUUUUCGCCCUUAUUAUUUUAAGUUUGGUAAGAUGCAAGGGCUUGUACAACUUUUCACAUGUAGGAUAUAUAUAAGGGUUCUUUUUUUUUUAAAUUACAUCUAGAACUAAGCCAUAUACAGACAUAUUUUACUUCAUUGAGAUGUUAUCAUCUCUUUAUUUUAGGUAUUGUAUGUCAUGUUUGGUUGGGUGGAAUAGUCGUUGCAUUACAGCCAUAUUUUGUCGGGUGGUUAUUCUACCGUUUGGUUUACCUUUUAGCAAAAAAAUAGUGAUUCCAUGGAAUGAUCUAUUCUUUGAGAAUAGGGAAUAGUCAUUUCCGACCGUAUGUGAAUGGCAAUUCUUUUGCUUCAUUAGGAAUAGAGAACAGUGUUUGUUGGACAAUUUACCCUCCUCCCGCUAGAUUUCUCUCGUGUUUCACAGUUCCUCGCGAAGGCAAAGUAUUGGCCGCUCUGCCAUAAAUAUUGUGAAAUUAUAUUAGUAUAAUCGGUUUUCUUCUAGGAAAUUGCCAGUUAUUCCAGAGUAACGUCUGGCCCGGACUUGAGCAUUUGUGACUUGUCAAUUGGUUUUUUUUUUUUUUAAUAAAGAUUGUUAGGGUUUGAUU